CUCGGCACAAAGAAGCAUGGCCCUUUAAGGAUCCUGUAGAUGUUAAAGGUCUUAAGCUGUAUGAUUAUUAUGAGAUCAUUGAACAGCCUAUGGAUUUUAGCACAAUACAAAGAAAAAUGAAGGCUAAAGAUGGCUCUGGUUAUAAAAAUGCGAGGGAGAUAUAUGCUGAUGUAAGGCUGAUUUUUAAUAAUGCAAUGAAGUACAAUGAUAAAGACCAUGAUGUCCAUAAGAUGGCCAAGUUCUUGCUGGGCGAAUUUGAGGAGAAAUGGUCGCAUCUUUCGCCUAAAGUCACUAAAUUGGAGAAUGAACUAUCAAAGGAAGCACAUGAGAAUUUGAACAAAAAGCUUGCACAAGAAGCCACUUAUGCCAACAUGACUAGGAAAUUAAGCGAUGAGUUGUCUGAGGCUGAUCAAGCUUUGACGAAUCUCAAAUCAACAAUGAUUGCAAAGUGCAGGAAACUGUCAUCUAUGGAGAAACCGUUACUUGCAGCGGAUAUCAGUAAAUUGUCUCAUGAUAACCUCCGCAAGGCAUUAGAGAUAGUUAAUGAGAGUAAUCCAGAUUUCAAAGUUAAUAUGGAAGAUGUAACCCUUGAUCUUGACUCUCAGAGCAACUACACAUUGUGGAGACUGUUUAUGUUUGUAAAAAAUGCACUAGAACUUCAAGAUGCAUCAAGCGGGAUUACGCACGUAGACAACAUUGAGGAAAAGGAAGCGAUAACUCGUGCAGACAAUAUUGAGGAAGAGAAAAAAUCCGAUUUCAAAAGGAGGAGAAUGAUGUGAUUCUCGUGCCAAUGACAUGUAAUAAAGUCCCAGAAAAAUUAUCCAUGUCACAUUGCAAACUUAAACUUUGUAGAGUAUUUGCAAACAUCAAUGUAUGAUGUGAUU